AUGUACCACUGUGGAGUUAAUAUAACUUCAGGAAAUGAUAUUAAGACAUCGGUGGAACUGAAGAUAAAAGAAGAUCUGUCCUAUAGGAGGUCCAUCAGUAACAUUGUCCAUGCAGGAGAAGAUUUGACUAUCAGCUGUAAAUACCCAGAAUCCCUCAGGAGUCACCCCAAGUUUGUCUGCAGGUGGCUGCAAACUGCUGCUUGUUCUUAUAAUACAUCUGUUAAAGAAAGCACAAAAUAUGUAAAAACUGGGAAAAUUUCCCUGUAUGAUGACAGAGAAAAACAAAUCAUCAUUGUGAGUAUUAGAGAUGUAACUGCGCAGGACUCUGGUGAGUACUGGUGUGGAGCUGAAGUACCUUGGACAUCUGAUCAGGGAUACAAGGUUUAUUUCACACGGAUCGACCUGACAGUUACUGUACCCACACAACCUUCAUCAUCAUCUUUAUCAUCAUCACUAACGUCAUCAUCAACAGCACCACAAUCAUCAGAAUCACCAUCAUCAUCAUCAUCAUCAUCAUCAUCUGACUUUACUCCAGCUUCUCCUUCAGAAGGAUUUCCAGCUUCCACUGUGAUCACUGUGUCUGUAAUUCCGCUGCUGCUUUUGAUUGGAACCAUAAUCCUCAUUCUGACUCUACAAAACAGACACAAGAUGCAAGGCACAACUUUCCAAAAUUCAGGAAAUGACCAAAGGGUUCCUCCUGAUGUUCAUGAAUAUGAGGAGAUUAAAAUCACCAGACGACUUUCUGCCUCAAACGCUGAAAUGUCCACAGUUUACGUUACUGCUCAACUACCCACAAUCUCCUCUGAUCAUCACGCUGCAUGUAAAGAGUUACCCACAAAACCCUGUGAUUCAGCUAUUUAUUCUUCUGCUCAACUGCCCACAAUCUCUGAUCAUCACGCUGCAUAUGUAAAGAGAGAGUUACCCUCAAACCCCUGUGAUUCAGCCGUUUAUUCUUUUGCUCAACUGCCCACAGUCCCCUCUGACCAGAACAUCUACUCCAAAGCUCAGUUACCUACAUGUGUCUGA